UAGUCUAGACAUUAUAGAGAGAGAGAGGGGGAGAGAGAUCCAGGGUUUGAAGUCCCUGCUCCAUGCUCCACCCCUGGUGUUCCUGUUUUCCAGGUCUUUGUCCCCGGAACUUACGCUCACUCCUCGGCGUCCACUAGGGUUUUCUGCUCGCAUCUGGAUCCCAGUUACGACUUCAGUCCAAGUGUCCUGUCCUCUGCAGAAACCACGGCCUCCUUAAGUCUGGAAAGAAAGAAAGAAAGAAAGAAAGAAAACACUUCUUGUUUUUUUUACCGUCUCAUCUGGUUUAUACUUUUUUUUUUACGUCGAAGCUGUGAACUUCAGAGAUUCUCGGCUGCAAGUUUAAAAAGAGAAAAAAGUUUUUACGUGUUUUAGAAACUUUUUCUCGCUUCUUCGUGGGGUUUUUUUCUCUCCCCCCUCCUCCGAUCAAGCCUGGAAGUCGACAUUUAUCAGACACAUCCCCGCUUUUAAACGGACGUCUUUGCAGCUACUUUAAGCUACUUUCGGUGCUUUUUUCCUUUCUUUUUUUUACCCCCUCCUCCUCCUCUUGCUCCUCCACCACCUCCUCUUAAAGUUUGUUUCAGAGGUGGCCUCAGAGCUGCUGCUGCUGCUGCUGCUGCUGUGUGUGAAUGAAGUAUCUGUUGAGCUGAGAAGAAGUCAGCGCGUCUCCAUGAGGAAACUCAGCGUGGGAGUCGCUGAAACUCUGUCCUAGCUUUUUUUGUUUUUAUAUAAAAACACACACACCUGAGCGGGUUAUUAAGUAAUAUAUUUUUUAUUAUUAGUAGUCUUGUUUUUAAAACUGUCACCAAAAUGAAGACGCUGUUGGUGCUGUGUGUGGUUUGCACGCUGGUUGUGUUGUCCGUGUCGGGGACCGCGGAGCAAAAGUUGAAAAACUGCAACGAAGUUCGUGCCGCGUACAGCUCCAAAGGCUUCAACGUUAACGAUGUUCCCAACAAAGGAGUCACCGGAGCCCCCUUGAAAGUGUGUCCGCAGGGUUUCUCAUGCUGCACGUUGGAGAUGGAGGAGAAGCUGAGCCAACAGAGCCACACGGAGAUCAAAGCUCCCGUCUCCAGGCUUAGCACCAACCUACAAUCCACCUUCAAACAGAGGCACGACCACUUCGACAAGUUUUUCCGUGAGCUUUUGAAAAAUGCAGAGGACUCGCUGCACAACAUGUUCGUGCGAACAUACGGGAUAAUGUACAUGCAGAACCGGGAACUGUUCAAGAACCUCUUCGAAGCCCUGACCAGGUACUACAUAUCCGGCAGCGCCGCGGUCAACCUGGACUCUAUGCUGUCAGACUUCUGGGCCGACCUCCUGGAGAGGAUGUUCCGGCUGGUCAACGUGCAGUUCGAAUUCAGCGACGCCUACAUGGAGUGCGUCAGCCGCCACACGGACCAGCUGCAGCCCUUCGGUGACGUGCCUCGCAAGCUCCGCACCCAGCUGUCGCGGUCCUUCGUCGCCGCGCGCACCUUUGUGCGGGGCCUGGCGCUCAUGCCGGAGGUGGUCAACAAAGUUUCCACUGUCAGCGCCUCUCCCAGCUGUGUGCGAGCUGCGAUGAAGAUGUUGUACUGUCCCUACUGCUCGGGCCAAGUGGCCCUGAAGCCGUGCCAGAACUAUUGCCUGAAUGUGCUGCGCGGGUGUUUGGCCAACCAGGCCGACCUGGACACGGAGUGGAACAACUUCCUCGAUGCCAUGCUCGGUCUAGCCGAGAGGCUCGAGGGUCCCUUCAAUUUCGAGUCUGUCAUCGACCCCAUCGACGUGAAGAUUUCAGACGCCAUCAUGAACAUGCAGGAGAACAGCAUGCAAGUGUCGCAGAAAGUUUUCCAAGGAUGUGGUCAACCUAAACCAAGCAUGGCCUUCCGCUCCACACGUUCUGUCAAAGAAACCGGCUUUACCGGCCGCUUCCGCCCUUACAGUCCGGAUGCAAGGCCCACCACCGCUGCAGGGACCAGUUUAGAUCGAUUGACAAAUGAUGUGAGGAAGAAGCUGAAACAUGCAAAGAAGUUCUGGUCCACAUUGCCAGAGACCGUGUGUGCAGGUGAGCGGAUCGCACCUGGGGACGAGUGCUGGAAUGGAACAGCAAAAAGCAGGUACGAGUCAGUUGUCAUCGGCAAUGGACUGGCCAAUCAGGUGUCGAACCCUGACGUGGACGUGGACAUAACGAAGCCGGACAUUGUGAUCCGCAGUCAGAUUGCAGCUUUAAAGGAAAUGACAAGCUGGCUAAAGGCUGCGUACAGCGGCAACGACAUCUCUUUUGACAACGGUGAAGGAGAUGAUGAGGGCAGCACAGAGGGGAGCACCAGCGGCUCCGACGCUCCGCCCGAUGACACGGACCAGGACAUCUACUUCUCCACUCCGCCGAACCCCGGCAAACCCCGGGUCGUCCCGGUGGUGGUGCUUCCAUCAGCUGCGGUCGCCUCACAGGGAAGCAUGGCGCUGGCGCUCUGCGGGCUGGCCCUGGUCCUGCUCGCUCCCCACUUGAGAUAAAACUGGGCUGGGCAGGGAGAGGAAGAGAACGACCAGGAAUGACGGAGCGAAGGGGAAAACUGUCAGAGAGACUUUAAAAAGACUGCCUUCAGGACCUUGGACUGUCCGCCAUUGCGGGGGAAGACUCUUCUUAAUAUUACAAUAACUUCACUUUUAAUUAUUUGUUUGUAUGUUUUUAAGGACAUCAGUGUACAGCAAUAUGAUUUUCUUCCCAAGAAAUCCACCUUCCCCCCUUUUUUCCCCCUCAGAUAAACCUUUACUCUUUAUGGCUCUUUUGGAGCUACACUACGGUUCUGCUUGCAGCAUUACAAACGUUAUAUAAUUGUCUUAUUUUUGGCAAUUUAAUCUCAUAAUUCAUUCUUGUGCCUUCUUCAGUGAUCGCCAUCUGAUAAUUAACUAGUAAGCGGGAUGUUUGGUUGAACAUUGAGUGCCUGUGGUGGGACAUAUCUUCAAUAUUUCUGAGGAUCUUCACAACAAAUCGUCGUAGUAAUGUUGUUAUGAAUAUUAACAGUUUCUAACAAUCCUCUUUUUGCACACUGUGAAUGUUUGUGUCGGUGCAUUUAUACAUUUACACACAUCAAGCCGGUCUGUUCUCUUUUGCUUUGGAGAGUUCGUUUAAAAUAACUUUUGCAGCAGCUCAUCUCUUGGAAAUACAGUGAGAGACGUUAUAGCACAGGUGUUUAUGUUUGAACAGGAGAUGGCAUCAUUCUUUAGAAGAGCUUUUUUUAUUUUAUUUUGAGGGUCGGGGGCAACUCUGUGAGCCCAAACAUGCAUAUUGUAUGUCUGCUAUGAGCAUUAUCACAACUUUUAAAAUUUCCUCAUGAUUUUUUUUUGUUUUGUUUUGUUUUUAAUUUAAUUUCCUCGGCUUAAGCAGUUCAAUAGUAUGGUCAUACCUCAUGCUUACUCUCAUUGUCAAUGCAAUCCAGUAAUGUUGAGUUGAAAGUGUUCGGUAAAGAGUUGAGAUAUGUGGCUGGCAUCCUGGUGGAAGAGGAAGGACUCCCCUGGCAUUAUACCCCGAAAAGAAGGCAAAGCUGACAAGUCCUGAAUGCCCCUUUUUAUUUUUAUUUUUUAUUUUUUUGUUUUUUGGUACUGUAAGCUCAGUUCAGCACAGACGAUCUGGCUCUAAUACAGUCUUACUUGUUUGAAAAGAAAAAAAAGGCGGCAACACGUAAUGUUCGCAGGAGCGUUUCACAUCAAACCUAGAGAGGAGGAACAAAAAAAGACAGUGCUUUGAUCAAAUGAAAAUCAAGGAAAGAUUAUUUUAAUACAGGGUUUUAUGUUGAAGAGGUGUUGUAAUUUUUAGCUGUUUUUGGUAUGAAGAUAUAUAUUAGGUACUACAGUGGAUUUUACGGCUAGUUUUAGGUGGUGGAAGAGAACAAUGUGCACAGAUAUUGGGGGCACUUUUUUGGUCAGCGUGCACAGUUUCUGUUUUUUUUGUUUUGUUUUGUUUUGUUUUUGCCCACAUCCCCCAUCCCACAAUACACACUUGUACCUCUUGGCCUGUGUCAGUAUAAAUGGACUCAUCCUGACCCAUUUAGAAUCUACCUAUCCUCAUCCUCACGUUCUCAUCGUGUCAAACUUGAGGUGGAAUGUUGAAGUAUUGUCACAAGUGCUACCAAAAUUAAUGCAAUGUAUGGUGCCUGAUCUUCUUUAACCUUGGUACAUUACGAGCAACUUCUCGAGGGUUUAAAAAAGAAACAAGAAUGUAGUUGUUGUUGAUGAUUUGUAUCUGUUAUCUGCUCAGAUUCCCCCCAAAGGUGUUUGAGCACAUUGUUACCAGCUGACAAGCACAACAUUUUUUUUAUUUUUUUUUAUAUAUAUAUCUUUUUAAUUUGAAAUCGGGUCUGUAAGUUGCAUUACCUGGCCAUUUCAUCUCUAAAAAAAAUAAUGCUGCCUCAUGUAGCUUUUGUACAGUAACUUAUGCAUGUGUUUUAAUGUCAUUGCAAACAUGCUUUUAGGACUGACAUAGCUUAUCCAAAAUACAGUAUUCAGAAUGUUUCGAUGUGCAUUUCACAAACGUUUCACGUGCGUCUGCAGGUCUGAAACAAGCUGGCUGCAGUUUAAGACAGAUGGUAAAUACUGGACAACUUUUUUUUUCGUCUGUUUGACAGGCUGAUUGUAAGCUUACGUGAAUAUUUUCAUCCAAAUUAACAAACUUGGAACGAUUCAGCAAGGACGAGAAGGAUUGAAGGAUUUGAUGAAACGUCUAAACAACCCACACAAGCCUUAAUUUAAAUUGAUGAAGCUGUGCUUCAGCAGCUUGAUUUGAUAUUACUUCUGCAUGUGACCGGUUCAAUUUUUUUAUUUUUUUAUUUUUUUUUUUUUUUUUUUUUUUUUUUUUUUUGUGUUCCACCAACAUUUCUACAAGGGCUUGUGCAUGUGUUCCUGUCAUGUGGAAGAGUUGUAUCGAGUGUGAGGAGGGGGGAAAAAAACAACCCAACUUUCUGAGAGUCAGAGGAAAUGUUUUGGGUGAUGAUGGUAAAUGUCUGUGCUUGCGGGCCAGGGCUGCAACAGUUUCCAGCUGGCAGGAGUUGGUCCAGCAGCCGGAUGUUGUUCAUUCGAUCCGCAGAGCAACUUCAGUCCAGUGACUUGAAAGUUGAGCUGGUCAGGUGUUGAAAGCUUCCCAUCAAGCCGUUUGGCCCACAAGAACAGAAAGGACUCAUUUUCUGAGGAGAGAGUGAGUGACUGACUGACUGAAAUGAAUAAAAAAAAAGAAAAGAAAAAAAAAGUGUGUAAAUAAAGAGCAGCCGUUUUUAGAUGUCUCUAAAAGAGGCCGUAACAGUUCACCAGAUUUUUACUUGUCAGAGUAUCUCCUAAAUGUUAUGGAAAAAACAAGAUGAGAUAGAUGUUAAAUUGUAAGAGAAAAUGUAUAUUAAACAACAUUUCUUAGUCUUGUUGAAAUAAAGACUGCCAAUAUUUAAAA